UUUCAAUUUUCUUUUGUUUUGGUGCAUCAUCAUCAUCAUCAUCCAUGGCGCCUGGACUGGUAUAGUUUCUCCUCCAUAACCAAACACAAAUCUUCCAUCUUUCUUCAACCUUCAAACCAUGAAUCCCCCAAACGAUAACCAACAACAACAAAUCCUCCCUAACAUCCACAACCCCUUACAAUUCACCAUCGUUCUCCCCCACUCCGACACCACCACAAACCCUAACCCUAACCCUAAUUCCCCCCCUUCAAACCCUAGCAAUGUCAACCACUUACUCUCCCUCGGCAUCCCCCGUAAACAACGUCGCGGCAGACCCUCUUCUACUCAGGUAUACAAUCUCCCCAAUUCAUUCAACAAUUUUCAAAAAAACCCUAACGCUAGAUCUAACCAAUCUGCACCCUUAGAUGUAUCCGAUGAGAUUAUAGUAAUCAAUAAAGAAGCAACUUCAGAAGCGUUAAUCGCUUUAACUGCUGGUUUCCCAGCUGAUGUUCUUACAGAAGAAGAAAUUGAUGCAGGGGUUGUUUCAGUUGUUGGUGGGAUUGAACAGGUGAAUUAUAUACUAAUUAGGAAUCAUAUUAUUACUAAAUGGCGGGAAAAUGUGUUGAAUUGGGUUACUAAAGAGAUGUUUCUUGAUGUUGUGCCUUCACAUUGUGUUAAGUUGUUGGAUUCUGCCUAUAAGUAUUUGGUUUCGCACGGGUAUAUUAAUUUCGGUGUUGCCCCGAAUGUUAAAGAUAGGAUUUUUAGUGAAGGGGGUGGGAAGUUGAGUGUGGUUGUGGUUGGGGCGGGGUUGUCGGGUUUGGCGGCUGCGCGGCAGUUGAUGUCGUUUGGGUAUAAGGUUACGGUUUUGGAAGGGAGGAAACGGCCGGGUGGUCGGGUUUAUACGAAGAAAAUGGAAGGGGGAAAUCGGGUUGCGGCUGCGGAUUUGGGUGGGAGUGUGUUGACGGGUACGCAUGGGAACCCGCUUGGGAUUUUGGCGCGGCAGCUUUCGUAUCCGUUGCAUAAGAUACGGGACAAGUGCCCGCUUUAUCGGUUGGAUGGGAAGUUGGUUGAUGCAGGGGUUGAUGCGAAAGUCGAGGUUGCGUUUAACCAGUUGUUGGAUAAGGCGAGUCAGUUGAGACAGUUGAUGGGUGAAGUUUCGCAGGAUGUUUCUCUCGGUGCGGCUUUAGAGACUUUUUGGCAGGUAGAUGGUUCACCAGCGAAUCCGGAGGAAAUGAGUUUGUUUAACUGGCAUCUUGCGAAUCUUGAGUAUGCUAACGCGGGUUUACUCUCGAGACUUUCGUUAGCGUUUUGGGAUCAAGAUGACCCGUAUGAUAUGGGUGGUGACCAUUGUUUUCUGCAAGGUGGCAAUGGACGGUUGGUUCAGGCUUUAGCCGAAAAUGUUUCGAUUCAAUACGAGAAAACGGUUAAUGCAAUUCGUUAUGGUAGCGAUGGGGUGCAGGUGGUGGUUAACGGUGGUCAGGUUUUCGAAGGUGACGUUGCUUUAUGCACGGUCCCACUAGGGGUUUUAAAGAGCGGUUCGAUUAAAUUCACUCCCGAGUUACCUCAACGAAAGCUUGACGGAAUUAAACGGUUAGGGUUCGGGUUGCUAAAUAAAGUCGCUAUGCUUUUUCCGCAUUUGUUUUGGGGGACCGAUCUCGAUAUGUUCGGGCAUUUAUCGGAAGAUCCUAGCCGUCGGGGUGAGUUCUUUUUGUUUUACAGCUACGCAACCGUAGCCGGUGGUCCGGUUCUUAUGGCGUUAGUGGCAGGAGAAGCUGCGCAUUCUUUCGAAAGCAUGCCACCCACUGAUGCGGUUACACGCAUUCUUCAAAUUCUUCGCGGUAUAUACGAACCUCAAGGGAUCGAGGUCCCUGAGCCAAUACAAACCGUGUGCACACGAUGGGGAUCUGAUCCCUUCAGUUUAGGCUCAUACUCAAACGUAGCGGUGGGCUCAUCAGGGGACGAUUACGAUAUUUUAGCAGAAAGCGUAGGAGACGGAAGACUGUUCUUUGCAGGUGAAGCCACCACACGGCGGUAUCCCGCUACCAUGCACGGAGCUUUUCUUAGCGGCUUACGGGAAGCCGCCAACAUUGCUCAUUAUGCCACUAAUCGGGCCUCACAGGCCAAAGUCGAAAAAAAAUCAUCGAAAAACUCACACUCUUGCGCCACACUUCUCGCUGAUUUGUUCCGAGAGCCUGAUUUGGAGUUUGGAAGUUUUUCGGUUAUUUACACUAAGAAAAACGCGGAUGAUAAAUCAAUGGCGGUUUUACGCGUUGUGUUUAGUGGACCUGUAAAGAAGGCUCAAGAAGGUUCUGGUUCCAGACCGGAUCAACAACAUUCUAAUAACUUGUUGUUUCAACAGCUUCAGUCUCAUUUUAAUCAACAACAGGAACUCCACGUGUACACGUUGUUAUCGAGAGAACAAGUGUUUGAAUUACGAGAAGUCAAAGGAGGUGAUGAAAUGAGGUUGAAUUAUCUUUGUGAAAAACUUGGAGUAAAACUGGUUGGAAGAAAAGGACUGGGACCCGCUGCUGAUGACGUCAUUUCUUCGAUCAAGGCCGAGAGAAGCAAGCGCAAGCCUGCGUUGACUUCAUCGACUCCUAAAUCUGGAACAUUGAAGCCAAAAUCAGUCAUGAAGCAAAAGUUGGUUAGAAAGGCUAAGAUAUUGCGCAGCAACAAUAGUCCGUUUUCUUCUGUUAAUAAAGAAAUGGUAGUUAAAGCAGAUGGCAGUAACGAAUCGUCAAGUACCCCUCAGUUGAACCACAAUGUAGAAGUGAAAGUCGGUAGCAGUAGUUUCGCCUUUAAUGGGUCUCCAGGUGGCGGUGGACCGGUCAAAUUAGUGGUCAAUGGCGGCAAUGACUCUGUGCCAAGUGUAAGUAUGGGUCCUGGUUUAAUAACCGACGCUAACUGCUCACCAAGUUUGAGUGUAGGUUCUGGAGUCAUUAGUGAUAAUAUGCAAGGGGUCAGUGCACAUGAUGGUGAUCUGGUGCCUACUUCAAAUGCUAAAUUGGAUGGUGAAAUGCAAUAGGAAAAAAUGACUUGUUGCAUAUAGAGGUGCCAUAAUAUCGGAUGAUGCCGUUUUCUGACGAGUUCAGAUUUUUUUAAAAUUUGUUUUUAUUGUAAAGUGUAAAGAUGUAAGCCUAGAGUUUUAGAUAAACACGUCUGUUUUCAUUUACUCUGUAAGCCUAGCGAAGUUCGGGUUUGAGCUUGGGUCGUCA